CCCGACCCCGGCACCCGGCAUGUGGCGGGGCGAAGGACGCACGGGGCGGCUGCUCGGGACCCCACCGAGGGCCGGGGUUCCCCACUCGCUACCGCCGCCCGCCAUCGAGUUCCCCGAGGAGAGCCCGGAGCCGCGCUUUGACGAAUCAGAUGUGCCAGCAGAACUGCGAGUUGCAAAUGGGUCACAGAAGUUUGUAAACUUCACCUCGACCAUCCAAAACCAGCUGCUGCUUGUGUCGCUGCUGGAGCAUCUCUGCCACAUGUACACGCACAACCCUGUUCAUUCGAGGUGUUUGUUCCGAAUACUUCGUCAGGCUUUCACAAGAACAGGGUUGCUCUCCCCUUUUGCCUUCUGUGAUGAAUUUAGUACUGUAAGACUGCAGCAUAAUAGAGCCAUUACUGAACUAAUGAAAGCAGCUAAUCGACAAGUACUUAAUGGGGAACUGGAUAAUGGAGAUUCUCAUGCAAUUGGGGGAAAAGAAGUUCUCUUGGAAGCACAGACUUCACGAUACUUGAAUGAAUUUGAUGAGAUUGCAAGACUAGGAAAAGGAGGAUAUGGUCAAGUAUUCAAGGUCAGAAACAAGUUAGAUGGUCAGUUCUAUGCUAUUAAAAAAAUCAAUAUUAAGAAGGCCACAAGAAGAGAUUGCAUGAAGGUACUACGAGAAGUUAAAGUGCUGGCUGGACUGCAGCAUCCUAAUAUUGUGGGCUAUCACACUGCUUGGAUGGAACAUGCUCAAACUUUAUGCCCAAAAGAUAAGACAAUAUUGAAGUUGCAGUCGUUAUCUUUGGAGCAAGAAAGUGGCAAUAAUCACUGUCACAUUCAGAGCAUGGGAAGUGGUAGUUCAAUUAUCUUUGCUGACCUUACUUCACAAGAAGAGAAGUCCCGUGAUAGUACCUGUCUUAGAAAUCUGGAUAGUGAAUCAGUGCAGAACAUGGAUGUAAAGAAUGAUUUUACUAACAGUAGUAGUAAAGAAUGUAUGAAACCAAAUGGAUGUGAAUUACCCCUAGAAGUACAAGAAGACUCUGUAAGUAAUGUUGACAGUGGGUCAACUGAUUUUAAAAAUCAUUCAUCACAUGGACCUCAUUGUAGUCUGGAUCUAGAUGUUAGCACUGAAAGUAAGUCCUGCACUGAAGAAUGCUCCAAGAACGAUGUAGCUCUCUGUGGCGAGUUUGAGGUGGAGUAUCGUUUGAUGCUUCAUAUACAGAUGCAACUGUGUGAACUAUCCUUAUGGGAUUGGAUUGUUGACCGUAAUAAAAAAUACAAUGAGAGAACAGAGGAAACUGCCAGUCCAUACCAUCUUGUGGAUGUCAACUGGACAAUGAAAAUUUUUCAGGAGCUAUUAGAAGGAGUGUGCUAUAUCCACAGCAUGGGAGUGAUGCAUCGAGACAUUAAACCCAGAAAUAUCUUUCUACAUGGAUCAGAUCAUCGUGUUAAAAUAGGAGAUUUUGGAUUAGCAUGCAAAGACCUCCUUUCGGAUGAUGCAGAUAGGAUGAUGAAGAUUCACACAGAAAGGAUAAAUGGUCUGAUGCAUACUUCAGGUGUGGGGACUUGCCUCUAUGCCUCACCAGAACAACUGCAGGGCUCUGACUAUGAUUUCAAGCACCAUUCAUCUGAACAGAGCCUUACGGUGAAAUUACUGACUUCUGUAAGGCGUACUUAGAAUUGGAUUAUAGGAAUAAAACAAGCCCCUCACCUAUGCAUCAUAGCUGGUAAAUAUCUCUUCUACCAUUACUCCAUUUUCUUGCUGAAACAAAUUUCAACUAAGCUGCUAAAUGCAAAAUUUGCAUUUCUAGGUUCAUCUUGAAGAAUCUGUGUAGAUUUGAAUUUGAGUUGCUGUAGUAGUGCCAUGUAACUUUAUCACAAAAACUUUUCAUAUUGUGAAUCUUAGGUGAGCAGAAAUCUAGUAAGUCAUUUAAAAUAAGGAUUAUCCCAGAACUUUUUCCUCAUCCCUUUUUCAGUCAGAUAUGUAUAGCUUGGGUGUUAUCCUGCUAGAACUCUUCCAGCCGUUUGGAACAGAAAUGGAAAGAGCAGAAGUUCUUACACAUUUGAGGAAUGGCCACAUUCCUCAUACUUUCUACAAAAAAUGGCCUAUUCAAGCCAAGUAUGUUAAGCUUCUCACCAGUCAGCUAUCUACAGAAAGACCAACUGCUGCUCAGCUUCGUGAAAGUGAAUUAUUUCAUACCACAGAACAU